GCCAGGGGCCCGCGCGCGCCGGCCAUGCCGCGCUCCCGCCGCGCCGCGCGCCGCGGCACCGGCAGCGCCCGGGCGAGCUCGCCCGGCAGCGAGGAGGAGGCCGGCAGCGAGGUGCUGAGCCACUGCAGCAGUGCCAGCGAGAGCGCCUGCCCCGCCGACGAGGGACCAGGGAGCGAGGCGGCGAGUGAGCAAGGCCAGGAGGAGGAGGUGGUAGAGGACAGGCUGAAAGAGCACAUGGACAGCCUCCUGGACAAGAGCGCCAAGGCGCGGCAGGCGGCUCUGCAGAGCCUGCGCCUGGCCCUGGCCUCCAGAACCCUGUCCGAGUUCCUGCUGGAGCGCCGCCUCACGCUCACCGACUCCCUGGAGAAGUGCCUCAAGAAAGGUAAAGGGGAGGAACAGGCGCUGGCGGCCACCGUCCUCACCCUCCUCUGCCUCCAGAUGGGCUCUGGCCCGGAGGGAGAAGAGGUGUUCCGCAGCCUGAAACCCCUGCUCGUCAGCGUGCUGACAGAUAGCACAGCCAGCCCCAGUGCCCGGCAGAGCUGUGCCAUGGCUCUGGGUAUGUGCUGCUAUAUUGCUGCUGCUGACCUCGAGGACCUGGUUUCAUGCCUGUCCUGCUUGGAGGGCAUCUUCAGUCCCCCCAGCACAGGCGAAGUGGGUUUGGCACCUGCCCAGCAUGGGCCUCUGCACUGCAGUGCACUCCAGUCAUGGUCCCUGCUUCUCACCAUCUGCCCCCCCUCCCACCUCAGGAGCAUUUUGGACAAUCGCUGGCUGCAGCUGCCCCCACUGCUGACCAGCAGCAGCGUUGCCCUGCGCAUCCUGGCUGGGGAAACAAUUGCGCUGCUCUUCGAGCUGGCCCAGGACCUGGAGGAGGACUUGUGCCACCAAGAUACAGAGUUCCUGUGUACCCAACUCAAGGUCCUGGCUACGGAAAGCAACAAGUACCGAGCCAAGACAGACCGACGGAGGCAGCGAUCCAUCUUCCGAGAUAUCCUGCGAUUCAUCGAGAGUGGAGAGUACCAGGAGGAGACCAUCCGAUUUGGCCUGGAGUGCAUGUACCUGGACAGCUGGGCACGCCAGCGCACCUACCAAGCCUUUAAGGAGGUGCUGGGCUCUGGCAUCCACCACCACCUCCAGAACAAUGAGCUGCUACGGGAGAUCUUUGGCCUCGGGCCCCCCUUGGUGCUGGAUGCGGCUGCUCUGAAAGCCAGCAAGGUCUCCCGCUUUGAGAAGCACCUCUACAACUCGGCUGCCUUCAAAGCCCGCACCAAAGCCCGGAGCCGUGUGCGGGACAAGCGGGCGGAUGUGCUGUGAUGGGCAGAGGGGACAGAGCCCCCAGCCCACCUGGACUGCAGACCCAGCACUGUGAGGGGCAGGUGUCCCCAGCCCUCAGGCUUUUAUUCACAUACAGCAGAGUAUUUAAUGCCUGGAGCUGCCCCAAGAAGGGGCUGCCCCCUCUUUUAUUUUUUUAACCAAAAAAUAGGAAGGAUAUAAGAAGAGCAGGGGGAGGUGGUGGCGUGCUGCCGUGUGCCUGCUCUGUGGCUGGGGAUCCAUGUGGCACAGUGGGAGGGGGUCUCACCCAGGCUCCUGCAGCCCUUUUCAGGCAGUGCUCGUGUACACUCUCCCCAGUCCUGUAGGGGCACCAGGGUUUCCUGGCACAGCCUGAAGGGUGUGUGAGAGGGCAGAGCUGUGCAGGGCUGCGGAGCAGCUGAUCCUGGUGUCUGUCAGGAGUGUUCUCCCCGCCCUGCCAUUCUGGGUACAGCCCGUGCCUCCCCAGCCAGCCUGGCAUCAGCAAUGGUGGCAGAGCAGUAUGGAGUGGCAAGCUCUGCCCAGCCCUGCCAGCUGCCCACUCAAACCCUUUGCCAGCCAAAUGUUUUAUAUGAAAUAGUAAUCUUGUUGGAAAUUAAUUACAGGGAGGUAGCACUGCCCAGGUGGGCAUGGGGCCAUGCCAGUUGGCAGUGCCUGCCACCCUGGGAAUGUAUCUAUUACCGUGAUUUUCUAAGACUUUUACUGUAAGAGGUAAUUAAAAGGCUAAUUGAA